CAUGCUGCAGUGCUUGCACUACACACAUUCAACUCUUCUGGUCAGAAGCACUUGGAGCAGAUCAUAAACCAGAUACAGCAGCAGCAGCCUCCCCGUGAUUGUACAGUAGUCCGCUUGACGCACAUCGAAGCACACGACCGCGAUUCCCAUAUACUCGGGCUCCCGUCAGCCAGACCAUAGAGACCUGGACUGCUCUGGCUGCACUCGCUCACUAUCCUGGCAUCCUGUGGAUGUGAGUGCAGCGACAGAGCAGACCCCACGCAACGACCUCUCCUCUUACUUCACUACCUUCUAUCGCACCUCUGGUGUCCCUCAUAAUGAACGAUUUCGCACGCAUCUCUAAGCGCGCUGUGGAGUUCAUCUUUGAUCGUCCGCCACGUAAUGACGACUCAUCACCGAUCUGGUGUCUAGGCAAAUCGUAUGACUCUUCGCACAUCGAUGUCCGUUCUAUCGCCUCAACAGGCAGCUCGCCCUCCGGCCGAUCCGACGCCGCAGUCUCACAUCCGGAUUCCGCCGUCGCCGACGAUGUAUCUUUACAGCCAAGGGAGCAAACAGAUGAAGAGCUAGUGAAGACCUUCGACCAGGUUCAGGUCUCGAAGUCGAUGGAUGAGGAGGAUCUAGGAUGGCCCUCUGAGUUUCUGGACGAUUUCGAGUCGCGGAUCUGGAUGACAUAUCGGAGUGGCUUCGCGCCUAUCGCCAAAUCGUCAGAUCCGGCGGCCUCAGCUGCCAUGUCGUUUACCACGAAAAUGCGCAAUCUCGCAAAUCAGGGUGGCUUCACAUCUGACGCGGGCUGGGGCUGUAUGAUUCGUAGUGGACAGUCUUUGCUGGCGAACACCGUCUUGACGCUGAGGUUGGGAAGGGAGUGGAGGAGAGGCCAGAAGCAGAAGGAGCAUGAGGAAUUGUUGUCACUCUUCGCAGAUACACCAGAAGCGCCGUUUUCAAUACACAAGUUUGUAGAGCACGGCGCGCAGGCGUGUGGGACUUAUCCCGGUCAAUGGUUUGGACCAAGUGCGACCGCCAGGUGCAUUAGCGCGCUCACUGAACGAUAUGACCAAGCCGGACUGAGAGUCUACGCAAAGCCAAAUGAUGGAGAUGUCUAUAUUGACUCACUAGUCGCGACGGCCACACAGAAAGAUGCCGACGAGCAAUUCCAACCUACGUUGAUCCUUCUCGGGAUCCGAAUAGGAAUCGAGAAAAUUACACCCGCGUACCACGCAGCUCUGAAGGCCGUGCUGGAAUUACCGCAGAGCGUGGGCAUCGCUGGCGGCCGGCCCAGCAGCAGUCACUACUUCGUCGGUCAUCAAGGCGACCACUUCUUCUACCUCGACCCCCACUACACUCGACCGAUGCUCUCAUCACAACCACAAGCAGAGGACGUGGGAACAUGUCACACACGCCGCCUGCGCCGGUUGAGCCUAGCGGAGAUGGAUCCAUCCAUGCUGCUUGGUUUCCUCGUGCGUUCAAGGGAGGACUUUGAUGACUGGCGAGCUGCAAUCGCCGUGAUUCCUGGGAAAGCCAUCAUUCAUGUGCACGAAAAGGAGCCGAAAUAUGCUACCGGCUUUGAGCGACCUGGUGCUGAGGACGAGGUUGAGACCAUGGACGAUGACGACGAUGAUGACGACGAUGAUGAUCUUGGUGCGGAGCCGGAGGAGGUUCAUAAGGAAGGGAGCUCAGAGGAAGACGGGCCUCGCAAUGUUGGUCCAUCAUAAAGUAAUCCCUACAUACAGCAGUCUCCCCGAAUGCGAGCAUAGAGCCGCAAUUAUGCUGUGACUUUGUGCAUGGAGGGACAAUUGAUGUGCAUUUUUACGCUUGUAUGAAGGAGCGCUUUGGUGGGCGAUGCAAUCCAUAGGCCGAGGGUACAUGAGAAAAUCACACGGCAGUACGAUGAACUUCGCUAUAUUAUGAUGAACUGAAAUAUUGAUCCCAAC